UAGCAAGCGGCUUUUAGAGAGCAAGAAAGAGCUUUUGGUUAAAGCACAAACAUUACGUGAGAGUCGCAUCCAACUGGACAUUGAUGUAAGACCGAGAGAGAGAGAGAUGGAGAGCAUGCCAAGAGCAUUAACGUUAACGGCAACAGCGAAUGCUACUUCAUCUCGGAUGAAGAUUUAGGUUUGGGGGUCUGCUCAGUGUCGGUUGUAUUUUUAAUAGCGUGAGACGCGGUUGCUAAACGCGCAUGAGUUUUCGCUUCCCGGUCAAAACGUUGUCAAGUGAUAUUAUCAAGUGUUCAUUCACUUUAACUUUUUGUAUUUUUCCUCAACUCAUUAAAAUUUUGUUUACAUUGUCGGUUAAAACGUAUUUUUAAUUGAAAAAUGAACAAUCUAAAACAUAUUACACUUCAAAUGGAUAAGAUCGAUGCUGAUAAAUUAAAAAAUCAAGCUAUUGACGACAUCGAUGGACGUGUGCGUCGUAUACCACGAGCAGUUCCUGAAACUGAUGACGAUGAAAAUGACGAUCGUCCCUAUACAGAUGGCAAUAAUGUUGGUGUUGACGAUAGUCUUCUAGCCGAUGAUGAGAAGCGAGGCGGCAGUCGGGAUGGAAGUGUUGUUCCUUUUGCAAAAUCUCCCUUGCCGAAUGGAGGACCAAGUCGAAGCUUUCCAUAUCCCGGCUAUAAUGGUAACGGGUUCGUGAACAUCAAUGGCGUGCAGACGCCAAUACCAGAUGUUAAUACGUAUCAGCAUAAGAAGACACUGGCAAAGGGUAUGAUGGACUUGGCGCUACUCUCGGCGAAUGCGAAUCAACUGCGUUAUGUGCUGGAGACAAAACAACAACAUCCAUAUUUUUAUCCCAGUUUAUUGUUCAUUUCGUUGAGCAUCAUAUUCCAGAUUGGCGUCGGCGUCGGACUUAUAUGGAAUUACAGAUACGAUAUCAAAAAAGAGGAGGAUAUCUCUCGUGCGAACAGAAUUAAUAAUUACACAGUCAUUGGCAUUUUCAUUGUAACCGUUGUCAAUGUGAUAAUCCCAUCUUUUUUUGUUUCGGAUUCCCCAGGACCCCAGAAUGGAACAACAACAACGAGACAAUAGACCCGACUUUAUUCAAAAUUCACUUUCAUCCUCUUAUGUAAUAAUUCUAUUGUGAUAUUUAAAUUAAAGUCCGAAUCACUUUGCAGCGA